AUGGCUGACGAAAAGAAGAAGAGGAAUAGGAAGAAGAAGCGCGGCGGUAGCAAGAAGAAGACAACCACCACUGAGCAAACAGAGGCUUUUAAGUCGGUCACCGAUUGGCUCUCCGUAGGUUCUUCUCCACCUCUCUCCUCUUCCUCUUCUCUCGACGACUUCGCCGUCACAAUCAAUACUGGUUCUCUGAGAUGCGGAGAGAAACCCGUGUUCGAGCUUCACUCGCAUUCAAAUCGCAGCGACGGGUUUUUAUCGCCUUCAAAGCUCGUCGAAAGGGCUCAUAACAAUGGGGUAAAGGUGCUUUCUUUAACGGACCAUGAUACAAUGGCUGGUGUCCCUGAAGCAGUAGAAGCAGGACGUAGAUUCGGCAUCAAGAUCAUUCCCGGAAUCGAAAUCAGCACAUUGUUCUGUACAAGAGAGUCUGGCACUGAGGAGCCGGUGCAUAUACUUGCGUACUAUGGCACUUCAGGUCCAGCAAUGUAUGAUGAAUUGGAAGGUUUACUGGUGAAGAUAAGGGAGGGGCGUUUUGUUCGUGGGAGAGAGAUGGUAUCGAAGUUGAAUAAGCUUAAAGUACCUUUGAAAUGGGAACAUGUCACCAGGAUUGCAGGCAAGGAUGUUGCUCCCGGUAGGCUGCACGUAGCUCGAGCUCUUCUUGAAGCAGGUUACGUGGAGAAUCUGAGACAAGCUUUCACUAAAUAUUUGGGUGAUGGUGGACCUGCUUAUUGCACAGGGAGCGAGCCUAUGUCCGAGGAAGCGGUAAAACUGAUAUGCAAAACCGGUGGUGUAGCUGUUCUUGCACAUCCAUGGGCGUUGAAGGAUCACGUCAGUGUUAUUAGGAGGUUGAAAGACGCUGGACUUCAUGGGGUUGAGGUGUACAGGAGUGAAGGCAAGCAAGAAGUGUUUAGCGAGUUGGCUGAUACAUACAGUCUGCUGAAGCUAGGAGGAUCAGAUUAUCAUGGAAAAGGCGGACGCAAUGAAACAGAAUUAGGGAGUGUAAGCCUUCCUGCGACGGCGUUGCGUGAUUUCUUGGAAGUUGGGCGUCCUAUAUGGUGUGAAGCCAUUAAAGCAACCAUGAGAACGUUCCUUGACCAACCAUCUGACGCAAACCUCUCCAACAUCUUAAGGUUCGACAGGACAAGGAUUCUGAAAGGAAGUUCGGUUUGGUCCUGCGGUAAGGAGUUGAUAGACCGGUGUUUAGCGAUUUGGUUAACAAGUGAGGAGAGUCAAACCGAGGAGUUUGAGGAUCUGAGAUUGAAGCUUUCUUCUGUAUCAAUCACGUCAAAGGGAUCAUUAGUCACAGUUGGUUCUUAA